GAAACAGCCCUUUCUUUGUAACUCCAAAAACCAUAUCCUUCCUCAGUUCCUCUUUCUGAGGCUCCAAACAGAUGCAAGAAAGUUGAAGAAGUGCAGUAACUUUCUCGGCUUCCAAACGCAGAAAUUAAUAUGGCAGUGAACGAGUGGUUGAAUGGAUAUUUGGAGGCAAUAUUGGAUGUGGGAGGAAGAAGCAGCUCCAUCAUCAGGAAGAGAUCAUCAACUGAUAAUAGUUUUGAUGGAAAGCACAGAUCAAUGAUUAGGUUUGAAGAAGAAAGAAAAUUGGAAGAAGAAAAAGAUGAUGAUAACAGCAUCAACAACAACAAGCUGUUCAGUCCUACAAAGUAUUUCGUUGAAGAAGUUAUCAAUAGCUUUGAUGAAUUUGAUCUUUACAGAACUUGGGUUAAGGUAAUAGCAACAAGAAACAGCAGAGAUCGGAGUAAUAGGAUGGAGAAUAUGUGUUGGAGGAUUUGGCAUCUCACCCGCAAAAAGAAACAGAUUGCAUGGGAUGAUGCGCAGAAGCUCGCAAAACGGCGAAUUGAGCGCGAACAAGGCCGCAAUGAUGCUGCUGAUGACCUGUCAGAAUUGUCAGAAGGUGAAAAAGAGAAAGAUGUCAAUAAUGCUUCAGAAUCUAGGAAGGACAUUCCCAGGAUCAGUUCCGAAAUGCAACUUUGGUCGGAUGAUAAUAAGUCUAGGAACCUUUACAUUGUCUUGAUCAGCAUUCAUGGAUGGGUAAGAGGAGAAAACAUGGAACUUGGGAGAGAUUCUGAUACUGGUGGUCAGGUGAAAUAUGGUGGUGGAACUUGCUCGCGCCUUGCAAACACAAAGGGAAUAUACCGAGUUGAUCUACUAACUAGACAAAUAACAUCACCAGAAGUAGAUUCAAGCUAUGGAGAGCCCAUUGAGAUGUUGUCUUGUCCCCCUGAUGGCAGUGGUAGCUGUGGAGCCUAUAUAAUUCCGUCUCCCAUGUGGUCCUAG